UGGUACGCUCCAGCUCGGAUGCGUUUGGCUCCUUUGCCGGUUCUCAGUCCUCAUCAGUAUCCACAGGAGCCUCGGACUCUCGUGCCUGUCCGUCCCGCCAUGAAGCAGACUCUGAGUGAGCUGAUGAGGAUGAGCAGGAUCUGCCGGAUGGUUUUCGCCACUUGUUUGGGAUCCUUUGUUCUGGUCAUCUUCUACUUCCAAAGUCUGUUCAACCCCGCCAUGCAGACAAACCAUUUCAUGGUGGAUGGCUGCUGUAAGAAAGGAUCUCGCAAUGCUCUGCAGGAGCUGUACAACCCUCUGCAGUCGGAUUUGUCCGGAGCUGCUGCUUUGCACCAGGCCAGGAGGGAUCAAGUUGUCGAUGCUUGCAGAAUCUACAGCGCAUCUAGUCGAAAGCGGAGAGUGCUGACACCUGGAGACCUUAAACACCUGGUGGUGGAUGAGGACCACGAGCUCAUUUACUGCUAUGUUCCCAAGGUGGCCUGUACCAACUGGAAACGUGUCAUGAUGGUGCUCACAGGCAGGGGCAAAUACACAGACCCAAUGAAAAUCCCUUCCAAUGAAGCUCAUAUUCCUUCCAACCUGAAGACGCUAAACCAGUACAGCAUUCCUGAGAUCAACCACCGCCUCAAGAACUACCUCAAGUUCAUCUUUGUUCGGGAGCCCUUCGAGAGGCUGGUCUCAGCGUACCGUAAUAAGUUCACCUUGAAGUACAACUCUUCUUUCCACAAGCGCUUUGGCACCCGCAUCAUAAGGCGCUACCGCAAGAAUGCAGCGCAGGACGCCUUGGUCAAUGGGGAUGAUGUCAAGUUUAAAGAAUUUAUUGAGUACCUAGUAGAUCCAGCCACCCAGAAGGAUGGUCCACUGAACGAGCACUGGCAGACGGUUUACCAGCUUUGCCACCCAUGUCACAUCCAUUAUGACAUGGUGGGAAAGUAUGAAACUCUAGAGGAAGAUUCCAACUACUUGUUACAGCUGGUGGGCGUCGGUGACUUCCUGCACUUCCCAAGCUAUGCCAAAUCCACUCGCACCACUGAUAUCAUGACUGCUCAGUUCUUCAGCAACAUCAGCAGUCAAAAGCAGAUUCAAGUCUACCAGCUGUACAAGCUGGACUUCCUCAUGUUUAACUACUCCAUACCCAGCUAUCUACGGCUGGACUAACAGAUAACAGAGCUGGAACUCUGAGCGUCUGCUGUACUCUAAUUUCAGGCAGCAAAAAUGACUUAAAAAGCUGUCACUGCUUCUUGUUGGUGUGAGUCUGAAAAUAAUUCAUAGGCGGUACUGAGUGACUGACGCAAUGGAGGCUUGUGGAAGGCUUCAGUCAGCAGAAGCAGAAAGCACUGAUCAAAGGGGAAUGUGGCUGAAAGGACCAAACGCAUGCAAAUACUGAAAUGUGUGGGUGAAGCAGGUCUUCCAGGUGUUUGAAAGGGGAGCUUAUCCUCAGGAGACGAACUCACAGAGGUGCUCUUCUGAGGAUGUCUCCUACAAACUGCUGACAAAUACAGCUGGUUCACAUUCUGCAUAUCAAGCAGCAGCAGCAUCACACGCACCCUGACCCCCAAGCAUCCUGGAGGCUCAGCGCAUCUUCUUUCCCCUGAUCAAUAGAAAAACGCAGCCACAUUGUGAAGCAGUUUGUGUCAACUCCCAUUAGAUUCAUUUAACAGGGCCAUCGCCUCCUCUGUUUAAAGGAUUCCUUCAAUUUAUAGCUGCUGAUUUUACUCUCCAGCGAUUGUACAAUUGUAACUUAAAGAACUUAAGCCAGUUGUUUAAGGAUUGCUCCCAUUCCCUGGCUUUUAUAUGAUAGGAACUCCUGUUUUACACCUUUAGGGUUUAGUGAAAUCAGCGAAUCCUUCUGUAGCGAGAGGAAGCUGAGCAUGUCAGCAGAGAGACAGCUGUGGAGAUUUUAAAAGGUUAACAGACAACAGGUGGAAACAAGAAGGCACCCUUAUUACCAAAUUCAAACAUCUUUACGCAAUUUAGGUCCUUUCCCUUCAAGCCUUUUUUUCUAUGUUAAGUUUUUAUGACACAUUGCUGCGAGCAGCAAUAAAAAAAAGGUUAUUUAAUUUGCUUUAUGUGUUAGAAGAAAUAGAAAUGGGAUUUUUAGUUGAUGAACAUGUUUGUAAAGUGACGCCCACAUUAUUUCAAAUGGUUUAUAGCGGAUUUCCUAGCUUGGCUUUGUCCUUCUAUGUCUGAGUUUCCAGAGACUUGCUUCUUAUUCUUAUUCUUUUUCUUCAUUAAUAGAUGCCAAACAGUAGGUGCCAAAUUUGCUGAAAGGCCGAAAGUCAGUGCUCUGUGUGCACUACUGCCAUUUAGUAAAUCAAUCAAAAGACAUGUGUUCCCACAAUCCCACAGUAUGAACAAGUACAUAAACACAUCAAAUUGCUAAAAGUAAUCUGAUUUCAUGAUGCCAGAGUCAUGGGUAAAAAAACACACCUGCCCACUAAGUCUGCUAAAAGGUUAUGGAUCUAGUUCAGGGGUCGGCAACCUGCGGCUCCGGAGCUCUUUCAUCCCUGUGCUCACUGUGGUUUUGUAAAAUAACUACUAUGUUCUUAGAUUGUCGUGGUGCCUUAACACCGCAGAGAUGUGCGAGCGGACAGAAGGAGGAGAGGAACAUGAGAGGCCGCCUCUGUGAAUGCGGACUAGAGUCUGUUAUAGGAAGAAAAGUUCUUCUAAAAAGACAGUCAGUGGCAAUCUUGUAGGGCACAUGAGCCUUCAAAAAAAAUUGCCAGGUUUUUUAUUUUGUCCCCGCAGUUUUCCUUGACUAAAACUACUCAUUUCUGUGUAAAAUUAAUAAAAUGCCCAACCUCAGAAAAACAGAAAAAUAUCUCCUUUAGUUUCCAUUGAUGUUCAUUCAUGAAGCCAACAGAAAUGACCGGAAAUAAUUAAUUCAUAAUUCAUGUCAGGGUUGAAGGAAAAACAACAGGAAAAAAAAGGGUAAUUUUUACCAGAAGCCAGCCAGCCUUAAAAAGGAAAACACAAACUGAUGUGUUAAGUGUGAACUAACUACACACUAUAUCCUAAUUAUGUAUUCAGCUGUACAAGUAUGUUUUACUUAUGUUUAAUAAUAAAGUAAUAAUAUAUUAUAUUUUGCUUCGCCCAGAGCAUCAAACUAGCCAGGACCGCCUCUGAAGAGAGCACAUGUUGAAUGAGGUUGAAUGAAAAGUGAAUAACGAGUGAAAAUUUUAAAAACAAGUGAAAUGAUUCCAUUCACUGGAAACACCAGGUUUUCCAAAGUGUUUUGUUGCUUCCUGUCUUUUCAUUUCUGUGGGAAACUGAUCCAAAUGGCUCUUUGAGUGGUAAAGCUUGCCGACCCCUGCUCUAGUUUCUUUAAUUUUUUUUCAAAAGACAAAUGAGUUACAACCCAAGGAGUGUUCCAUCACUACAACACAAUUCACCUGUCGUGACCUUGCACUUUUACUGAUUCUUUGUGUGCAAUUUUGUAUGUUUUCUUUUAACAGCAAACUAUCCUAUGCGUCCCUAUUGGUCAUCGACAAUUGCCAGUCAAUGUCCUUCCAAACAGGGUCUCCUUUAGAGGACAGAGAGCGUUAAGUUCAUUAUAUAAUCCUGGAUUUGUUUUUCUGUGAAGGUUUGAAUUUUGAGAGUUUAAACAAGAGAGAAAAGUGUGAAAAUGUUCAUAUCUGUCUGAGAAAAGUGAAUUCAUGUGUAGUGAGGAGUUUUACAGCCUUAUGACAUCUAGAAUCACUGUAAAGAAUCAAUGAUGAUUAAGGUUUUUCCUAUACUGUAUUCUUGGCACACACAGAUUAGGGCAUGAAGGGAAAUUAAACAGCCAUUCAAUGUGAUAUGA